AUGGCCAACUCUCAAACAAGCGAAGAAUGCAAAUUCAAGAAGUCUCAUCCUCUGAGCUUUGAGGAUCUCCAUUUCGAUGCCCGACACCACAUCUUGCUUGCUAUAGAUACUAUCGCGGACCUAUCUACUUUGAUACGUGCCUCACCUGUCUUCUUCCAGCAGUAUCGACUCAACAGGGCAUUUUGGCUUUCGUAUUGCCUGCAACUUGAACUGGGUUCCUUGGUCAUAGAUGCACAUACUGUUCACUUGAGCACAAAUUCCAAGUUUCGAAGUGAGCGCACAGAAGAACAAACCAAAGAGUUCACCAAAGCUUACCACGUGCGACGAUCGACUAGCAUAUGGACACGAUUGGACUUACAAGAAAACGAAGAUAUCGUUCCCGUUGUUGCAUUCUACUCUUCUAUUAUCAAGCCACUGGUUUCCCAUUACGUGGAAUGGACCCAGGGUAAUCACCGCUAUCUAUCUGCUGCAGGUCAGCUUAGCAAAACCGAGAGAAGAAGAAUUGUUCGCGGUUUCUUUCGCUUCCAGCUUAUCUGCAACCUUUUCGGCUCCGAUGUUCUGAUCGGAAGAUUUUCUUAUGGACAUGAGCAAAGGCUUGGGAACUUUCUGGACAUGUUCGAACCUUGGGAGCGAGAGGAAAUCAUAUGUAUCUAUUGGUUUAUUAAUGGCAAAUACCUCAGUGUAUUGGAAGACGUUGCGUGGGAUUUCGAUGAGGAAAACCCGAGGUUUGACGGUAAAAAGAGGGAUCCCUACAUGCCAGAAGGCGCCUAUCACCUUGAGAUCUUUGGUGAUUCCUACAGGAACGGUCUCAACUCUUUAGGCCUGACAGUGUUGUCGUCAAUGUUUGAAGCUCAGGAUCAUGAUGAACUGGUGGAAACAGUCGCGAAACACAUCAUCUCGGGAGAUGGUCAAUGGAUCGAUAUGGUAGUUGACGAAAUCGCUCAAAGACAAAGACGCGAUCGCUUGUUCUCGGAUCGCGACAGGGCUCAGCAACGCCGCGAUGCAAUACCCUUCAAAGGUGACAAAGAGAACCUGCCUCCAUUAGCCUGGGUGACGCUUUGGGAAGGGAGGUAUAGCAAUAUCUGUGGAUCGUACAUACCAGACAACUUUCGUGACUGGGGAUAUGUCAUGUGGGAUGCUGGGCGUUUAGUGAAUUCGGGUGCUAUUGCUACUCUGAACGAUGAUGCGUAA